AUGAAAUAGUGCAUCAGCUGUUUAUCUUAAAUAAAAUACAAUUUGUUGUGUUGGGAGAACUUUUAUUAUCCGCGAAUUGUUCCGAAAAAAACCUUAAAAUGUCGUCUUUUGAUGAAGAUGAUAGCUGGAUGAAUUAUAAACCGAGUGCCAAGUUUCUCCCAAUCGUAGAGGGAAAAACUGCAGACUGUCCUGCAGCCGGUGAGACGGACUUUGAUAAACUGGAGACGCCCAUUUUUAGUAAAAGACAAAUUACAUUGCGUAUACCAUCCACCUACAAAGGAAAUCUUAUGCACGUGAACGUAAACAAGAAUUGGUUAGUUUGUGUGCUGGACACACCGCAAACAAUAUUGCUACGUUUUUUUCUACCUCGAGCGUUGCCUCCAGGAGAAAUACCUUUGGAAAAAUACUUGGCAGGCUAUGCUAUUUCAAAAGUCUUUCUUGAUUAUACUGGACACCACACACUUAUACCGAUUGUGCCACAAACACCCGGGCUAUCUGCUGAUUUUCUUUACAUACAUGGAAAUGGUCCAAAAGUGCGACGCGUAGAAAAAUUUAAAGACCACGAAAUUACAGCUGUUGCCUUUAAUCGGUAUAUGGGUACAGAAUCGUCCACUGGUCCAAUACUUUUGGGUACAAGUCGUGGUUUGAUUUUUGAAACGGAACUUGUACAAGAUGGUUUUUCGCCUUUACAGCGAAAACAGGUUUAUGAUUUGGGUUUAGGACGUACAAAGUAUCCCAUAAAUGGAUUGGAAUUAUUACGUCUACCGAAUACCAAUAAAUAUAUGGUUAUUGCUACAACACCAGAUUGUAUAUACACAUUCCAAGAAAGUUUGAAGCCAGAUGAUAGAUCUCUACAGUUUAUAUUCGCCAACUAUGUAAAUGGACAGCAGGUGCAUGGAGCUGAAAUGAUUGAAACCGAAUUGAAUUAUUCGGCACUGCAACUUUAUGGCGAACCAAAUGAAAAGCUUCCCAAACAGUGGGCAUGGUUAUGUGGUAGUGGUAUCAGAUUUGGAGAGAUUUCUACCGAGGAACGCUCUACUAAUGUCCUACUUGGUGACAGCUUAAUCAAUUUGGACUUCAAGCAAUAUAAGCACCUCUCCUACGAAGAACGUCGUCAAAAUGCGCCGCGAACGCUUGCUUUAACCGAAUAUCACGCACUUUUACUUUAUUCCGAUCAUAUUACAGGCAUUUGUCUGCUAAAUGAAAAAGUAGUUUAUGAAGAGUAUUUCCAUGAGCAAGUUGGUAAACUAUUGAAUAUUUUGCGCGAUCCAUUCACCGGCACUAUCUACGUUUACACGGAUAAAAUGUUCUUCAGCUACAAGAUCACCGAUGAACAACGUGAUAUAUGGCGUAUAUAUUUGGAGAAAGGGCAAUAUGAUUUGGCGGAAAUUUACGCUGCAGAGCAGCCGGAGCACUUGGAUAUUGUGCUCAUCAAAAAAGCAGAUGCCGCAUUUGAAAAAGGCGAUUAUACGCUAGCAGCUGAUUUCUAUGCGGAAACGUCUAAGCCCUUCGAGGAGAUUAGUUUGAAAUUUAUGGAACUGGAUACUAAAAAGCCAAUAAUACGCUAUGCUAAAAAGCGUUUAGCCAUGUUGGAAAAUGAUCCAAAUAAAAUAAUGGUGCUCGUCAUAUGGCUGGUUGAUCUUUACUUAACUCAAAUCAAUUAUCCACGUCGCAGUGCGCAAGAGCGUGCCGAAUGGCAGAGCGAAUUCGAUGAGUUCAUGCAAGGUGCACGUGUGGCCGAUUGUGCACGCCAAAACAAAGAACCCAUAUGCAAUCUGUUAAAAGAGCAUGCAGAUUCGCAUAAUAUCGCACAAUUCGCGAUAUCCAUUGGCGAUUAUGAGGAGGUAAUUGAACAACAAAUUGGUAGCAAGAAAUUCAAAGAGGCACUUCGCACACUCACGCAACAAGAUAAUCUCGAACUGUACUAUAAAUAUUGUCCUAUACUUAUGGAUUACUUGCCACAUGAAACUGUCGAUACGUUAAUGUCGCAAGGACGAAAAUUCGACAUAAAAGAGCUUAUACCCACCUUAGUGUUGCAAGAGAGCGAUAAACAUAUAGAAGAGAUUAUUAGGUACUUGGAGUUUGCAAUUUAUAAUUUAGGUGAAACAAAUCAAGCAGUUCAUAAUUACAUAAUACAUUUGUAUGCCAAAUAUAAGCCGCCUAAGGUAAUCAAAUAUCUUGAGAAUGAGGGGCAGGAUUUGAGUUUGAUACAUUACGAAAUAAAUUAUGCGAUGAUACAGUGUAAACUAUUCAAAGUGAAUGUUGCAUCAGUUUUCCUAAUGUGCUUAAGUAAAAUGUGGGCGGCGGCAGUGGAUUUGGCACUGGAAUUCGAUUUGAAAUUGGCGAAGGAAACAGCGUCGAAGCCAACAAAAGAGGAAGAACGCGAAAAGAUGUGGCUGGCCAUUGCGCGUCAUGAAAUACAAGGUACGAAUGAUGUUAAAAAAGCGCUAGAUCUUCUGAAGGAAUGUGAUUUGCUACGCAUAGAGGAUUUACUACCAUUUUUUUCUGAUUUCGAAAAAAUUGAUGAUUUCAAAGAACCCAUAUGUGCGGCAUUAAAAGAUUACAAUAUCAAAAUUCUUGAACUCAAACACGAAAUGGAUGAGUGUGAUAAACAAGCGGAGCGUGUCAUCAAAGACUUACAGAAUGUGCGUGAACGAAGUAUUCGUAUAAACGCGCAAGAAAAUUGCAAUCUCUGUGAUUCCUUUCUAAUGGUGAAGCCAUUUAUCGUUUUCAUCUGUGGACACAAAUUCCAUAGUGAUUGCUUAGAGAAAAAAAUUCUACCAACACUAAGCAGCGAGCAAAAUCGUCGAUUGAGAACCAUCAAACAACAAUUGGACGCGUUGGUUACACAGAGUUUCGUUAUGGAUAUCUCCGAGGAGAUGCUCCUUCAACGCACGGAAUUAAAAACUGAAAUCGAGGAGAUUAUUGCUGGUGAUUGUUAUUUUUGUGGGGUAAUGAUUGACAUGAUCGAUCAGCCCUUCAUCAACGACUGGGAUCAGGUUAAUGUUGAUUGGGAAUAAACGGUAACUAUGCAGCAAAUCCACAGGGGAUAUGUAUUAUUUGUACUAGUUUUAAGCUCAUGUGUGAGUAGAUUUAAAUAAACGUAGCCAUCAUAUUUUUACACAUAAAUAUGAUUUAUAAAUGAUAUGCUAAAUAAUGAUUAUUCAAACGUAUUUAUGUCGUAAAUAAAGUAAUAUAGCAAAUUAA